ACCUCCUAGUUUACUGAGUGUGAGCUCGUUCCAGCAUGAGAUCUGAUCCGACACUGUUUAUUAGGACCGGUUUGGGACACAACCAGAGAACCUGAGGAACAAGAAAAGCAGAUGUGAUAUUUCUUCACACUUCAUGUUGUUUACUGAAGGCUAGCAGUAUCAUUCCAAGGACUGAACUUUUAGCAUUGAACUAUGGGAGUUCACGGACUUUACAGCUACAUCGAGAGCAACGGUGAUUUCCUGAAGCCGCGCUGCUUUAGAGAAAGCAAACUCAUCAUUGAUGGCUCCAAUUUGUCCUACAAUCUGUACUUCAGGUCACAUCUGGACCAAGUACACGGUGGGGAUUUCGAUGACUUUGAGAAAAUCGUUGCGCUGUUUUUCAAACAUCUCAGAAUGUGUGAUAUUGAGCCCUACGUGGUGCUCGAUGGAGGGGCCGACGUCAGUGACAAAAAAUUUGAAACCCAGAAGAUAAGCUGGAGCGAAAAGAUCAGAAGAGCCAAUUCCUUGUCCAGGGGCCAUUCAGGAGAUAUAUUACCCAUUCUGACCAAACAUGUCUUCAAGCAGAUCCUCCAAAAACUGGGAAUUCCCUUUAUUCAGUGUCUGGCAGAGGCGGAUUGGGAAGCAGCCGCGUUGGCCAGCGAGUGGAACUGUCCUGUUCUGUCCAACGACAGCGAUUUCUACAUCUUCAACAUCAGGAGUGGAGUUUUGCCCAUUGAUCAUUUCCAGUGGAGGAAAGUGGGAAAGCUAAGACACAACAGUAAAAAUUUCAUCCCUACCAAGUCAUACCGUGUUCAAAAUCUCUGUGCUGCGUUUAACCGCAUGAAUAAAUAUAAUCUUUCACUUUUUGCCGUCAUUCUGGGAAACGACUACACCAAACUGGACAAGAGUGCAUUUCCAAACUUCUCAAAGUUCUCAAGUAAACCUGGAGCAACAGCCCAGGUCGAUGGCGUACUCAUGUGGUUGUCACAGUUCCCCGGGCCGAAAGAAGCCAUCGCUGCUCUCCUCAGCCCCAUGGGAAAGAACAAGAAAUCAGACAACAUGCAAAAAGAAAUAAAUAAGGGGAUGGCAGAGUACAGACUCCAUCCCAGCUCCAUUGGUCAGUUCUUCAUGAGUGGAGAACCUCAGAGCGUUCCUCCAGGCCUUUUACAGAAUCUUCCAGGCUGGGCUCUAAAACCUCUGGCAGAAGGCAAGCUGGCUUCCACCAUCAUUGAUGUCGUGACACUGCAGAGGGUCAUGCUGAACCCCCAGGUGGAGAACUUUGAGCUGAGCAGCAGCAGAGAGACGUCUCGUCCGAUACGACAGGUGAUGUACGGCAUACUGCUGUGUACCAGGUGGCAGAAGGUGGAGUCAGACAGCAGGUCUACUGGAGACGAACAGCAGACCGACGUGGAGGAGUACAGCAGACAGGGGAUGACGCUGACCAGCUCCAUGGUUCCAGCUGUUCUACCCAGAGGUGUAGUGACACACCUUCACCUGGACUCACUGUGGGAGGUGACGCAGCAUUUGCGUCUGCAGGUCAUGUUGGAGGCUCUUGGCGCGUCUCUGAUCUCUGAUUCACUCCAUGUCCCUGAAGCUCUGCAGCUCGCUGUGUACGUCACAUGUUUCUGGCUAAAACAUGCGACGCCUGAGCCGAGAGCAGAAAUGUUCUGGGCUUUACUGACCAGCUUGGCCUAUGGACACCUGAGCAGAGAACAGGCUGAGGACAUUGAACCAGUUAUUCUGAGGUUUAGGAAGCUAAAGAGUCGUAAAGGUCAGAAUCUGCUGGAUCUGGACUUAGCUCACGCUUUGUGUCAGUGGCAGUCCUGUCUAAAGGACAGCUUCUGUCUGAACCAGCUGCUGAAUCAUCCGGUGCCGGAGCCGGAGUUAGCGAGGUUGUAUUGUGGCACUUUGGUGCACGGUGUAACCCGCGAGCUGAAAAGAGGUAUCGAGCCCGAGUCCUUCUUCGCCGGAGCUCCAGUCGCCAUCAGGCUUUACCAAAAUCUGCAGACUGCAGUAGAGCGUGAGCUGGACGACGACUUGCUUAUGAGGAUGAGGAUGAGGACGAAGCCAAGUGAGAGCCAGGCAGCAGUGGUGGACCAACUAAGCCAAGAGUUUACACAUCUGAUGGCUGAAGACGAGGUUGAAGAUGACGAGGUGCUCGAGCAAACCUGCAGCUUUCACAUGAAAAACCAAACCAAACGCAAGAAACAAAAAUCCAGGUCUAAGAAGCAGGAGCGUGAGAGCAGGAAGUAAAUUCAUGUGUUGUUACAAAUUGUGUUAAUUUGCUUAAUACAGUAUUACAAACACACAAAUUAACUCAUGUAUUAAUGAUCGUUUCUGCAUAAAACAGAAACUAGGCACAUGCUGAUCAUCGGUCCUGUCGUCUACAACCUGCACCAUAUUAAUUUCACAAUACUUUACUGUACGCUCGGCUUCAGGAGCAAUCGUUUGAGCAUUUCAGAAAUGCAUUUAUAUUGAAAGGAAAGAAAGGAAGGAAAGAAACCUCUGAAAUAUUAAAUAAGUAUAAAGACCUGAAGGUGUCUCCAGAGCCUCAGUGAGAAGCAACAAGAUGAAAUCAUUUUAACAGUUUUUGGACAAUUUCUAUUCUAUGUCAUUUUAUUAUCUGUCACUUAAGGAAUCUUCACCAUCUCAGAGAUUAUGUGUCUUGUUUCAUUUGUUUUUGUAGAUGUGAAUAAAAGUUUAAUAUCAUAA